AUGGCGGCGUGUGGGGCGGCGGGGGCCGCGGGCGGGGGUCUCGGCCGGGCGGGGGUCGGGGCGGGCCCGUCCCCGGCUCCGGGACGGGGAUCGGGGCGAGCGGGGGUCGGGACUGUCCUCGCAGCCGCGUUGGCGGUGCUUGGAUCGCUGCAGGUGGCCCGCGGCGCCGGGAGCCCCCCCAGCGAGCCUCAGCUGCGGCCCUACCCGCCCUGGCAGCACGGCCCUCGGCACGGCCACAGGCACGUCAGGGACUGCCAGCCCCUCAAGUACGGGAACGUCACGCACGAAGCGUGGCCCGGCGACAAAAGCACGGCCGGCCCGGUGGCUGUCACCAGAGCGUUUGUCUCGUACAUCCACCCAGAAGGCAGCGACCGAAAGGUGGUCUAUGGCCAUUUCACCUUCGUCAGGAACCCCCUGAGGACUUUCUCGGUGCUGGAGCCGGGCGGUGCCGGCGGCUGUCUGGCUCAACGCAGAGUCCCCGUGGAGGAGACUGCAAAGCUCAGGAAGUGUCUGGUGGCCCAGAAUGGCGGGUACUUUAACAUGGAAACUGGAGAGUGCCUUGGGAAUGUUGUGAGCGAUGGAGAGCUGGUGAGAGACUCUGGAGGCUUACAAAACGCUCAGUUUGGCAUCCGGAAAGAUGGCACUAUGGUGUUCGGUUACCUGUCUGAGGAGGAUGUCCUGGAUCAAUCCAACCCUUUUGUGCAGCUUGUGAGUGGCGUGGUUUGGCUGCUGAGGAAUGGAGAAGUGUACAUCAACCAGAGCUGGGUGGCCGAGUGUGGUGACACUCAAACCACAGGAACCUUCGACAGGUUCAUCAACGUGAUCUCAGCCAGGACUGCGGUGGGACACGACCGUCAGGGCCAGCUGGUCUUGGUUCAUGUGGAUGGACAGACAGAAUCCAGAGGGGUCAACCUGUGGGAAAUGGCAGAAUUCCUGAAGCAGCAGGGAGUCAUCAAUGCUAUCAACCUGGAUGGUGGAGGCUCUGCCACGCUGGUGCUGAAUGGGACCCUGGCCAACUACCCCUCUGAGCACUGCCCCUUUGACAACAUGUGGCGCUGUCCCCGGAGCAUCUCCACCGUGGUGUGUGUGCACGAGCCGGACUGUGACCCUCCUGACUGCAGCGGCCACGGGCUCUGCGUGGCCGGGCAGUGCCACUGCGACAGCCACUUCUGGGCAGGUCCCGCCUGUGACACCCUGGACUGCGGCCCGGCCAACUGCAGCCUGCACGGCGUGUGCAGCGCCUCUGGAUGCCUGUGUGACCCUGGCUGGACUGGCAGCAACUGCACUGAAGCCUGUGCUCCUGGUUUCUACGGGGAAUCCUGCAGCCAGAAAUGCCAGUGCCAGCACAGCAGCUCCUGUGACCCCGUGUAUGGAGCCUGCUCCUGCCCUGCCGGCUUCUAUGGCACCAGCUGUGAGCAGGAGUGUCCCCUGGGCUGGUUUGGGCCGAGCUGCCAGAGCCGCUGUGUGUGUGACCACCUGUGUCCCUGUGACCCCGAGACAGGCAGCUGUAACAUCACCCACCACGGGGCACUGCAGGACCACCUACACAGAGCUGGACAGUGUUUGGCUUCCCAGAAAAAGGAAAAGAGCAAAGAAAAAUUCUCUCUGCCAGAAAGCUCGUGGCUGGCCCUGAGCUGUGCCUUGGCCCUGCUGCUUGUGCUGAGUGCCCUGGGGAACGUGGCGCUGGUGCUGCGGGGGCGGCAGCGGGACCGGGACUAUCAGUACCACCCCCUGAGGGACAUCAACGGCGACACCCCUCACUGCCCCACCUCUGCUGCCUGGGACCAGGAAGAGAUCCAGGAGCCCGAGGACACUCAGGACCCAAACCAAGAGUUCCUUUAGAGUCAUGGAUAGGAUGAGGUAUUUCACCCUGCAUUGCCCCUCAGCACCAAUUGGGACUGGGGUUGUUCCCACUGGGAGCCUCAGACUGCUGCCUGAGGAGCAUCAGCUCGAGAACUGUCCUACUGAGGCCGUGGUUUCCUUUCCUCUGCUGCCCCAGCACCCAGCACUGCAGCAUUAGGGGAUGCAGGACAUCCUGUGGGUGAGGGAAUAGCUGCAGCAGGAAAGUAGAUAGGCUAGUUCCUUCUAACACUUGAGGGAAACAGAUGUGGGAUGCAAGUUACAGGCACCUCAGAAAGAUCCCUGCUCACCUGAGCAGUGCUUUUUAAGAUGGAAGUUAAACUGCCUCUAGUACAAAGCUGGGCUUAAGAGUAUUACAGUCAAUGUCUGCCUUUCCUUGCUAAGCUCAGAUUUUAAUCAGAAAAGUGACAAAAAGUUUGUUCUCAAAUGUUGAAGUAGGUGCAGCACCCAGUGCCAGCAGAGCACUCCUGUCCCAGCCACGGUGGUGGCUCAGGGGUGACACACAGGGUUGUGACAGCCCUGGGCAGGGCUGGAGUGUUUUCUGACCAAUCCUCAGGCCAGAGCAGCCCCAGGGGGUGAUGAGUGCUGUGUUUUGGGGCAGCUCCUGCAGCACAGCACCACAGGAAGCCCUGUCAGAUCCCAGGUUCCAUUUCUGCAUCUCUCCAACUCUCAGGAGCCAGAGGCUGUGCCUGGCUGUGUGGGAGGAGGGACCCUGGCACUGACAGAGCCUGGAGCUGUCUCCGUGGGGAGGGGCACAGACAGGGACAGCCUGGCAUGGGUGGCAUAACACAGACUGGGCUGCCCUGGCCCAGCUGGGCACUCCUCAGAUGGAGCAGCAAGGUCUCCAGCCCAGCCAGGAUCCCGAGCACCUCCUCUGGAAAUUUGGAACACAUUCUUGCACAGUUACAUUAGAACAGUGUUUGAGUUUGCUUCCCCAUGAGGGAAACCCAGCCUUGGAUGAGCCCCUUGGAUGCUGCAGAGGGGUGAGAGCCUGUCUGAGCCCCACACAUCUUUAUGCACUCACUCCCUUUUUACCUCUCCAAGUAAAGGAUGUGUAAUUUCUGUGCCAGUGUUGGCAUCAAAUCAGGCUGUAACCCCAAGAGACUCUAUUUUUCUAUGAUUUACAGAUUAUUUGAAACUUGAAUAAAGUCUAUUA